CUUUGAGAGAGAGCAAAGGCUAUGAUGCGAGGUAUUUUGGCUGCAAGGAAGAUUCUAACAAGCAAAGCAGCUUCGACACCAAAAGGAUUUCUUGCAGUAUAUGUAGGGGAGAACAAGAAGAAGAGAUAUAUGGUGCCAGUUACGUUCUUGAACCAGCCUUGUUUUCAAGCUCUGCUGAGUAAAGCUGAAGAAGAGUUCGGGUUUGAUCAUCCCAUGGGUGGCUUGACAAUCCCUUGUCCUGAAGAUACUUUUGUCGCUAUAGCUUCUCAGCUGCAAUAGUAGAACCAAACAGAGAAACAUUUUUUUCUUUUACUAGAGAAUUAGAAACCAAUGUAUAUAUAUAUACAUACCUUUUUCCUCUUUCUUGUUGAAAGAGUUGUUGCAAAGGAGAGAAAUGUAAUGGAAAACACCAGAAUUGGUAUUUGCCUCA